AACUGUGACUUUAAUGCAUCCGUUUUCCAUAUAGAGUCAAAUCAUUUUACGGUGAUUUUCGGGGAAUUUUACACUUGCAACAAAAACACUUUUAACACAUUUAAUUUAUCCAACUAAAAUCGUCUGUAACCGGAGAAAACUGAACGAAAACGAAAUGCCCCUAAAGCUAUAGUAACUCCUCAGACUAGCAGACGGAAAUAAAUAUUUUAUUUAUUUAUUUUAUUUAUAUUUAGCACAUUUUAUAACCACCAGAGGCUCUGUAAUCUAAAAUUUAUUAUGACUAAAAAUACAGAUGAAACGCAUUUAUAGUCUGUAUUAAUAUACCACAGUAUGCCUAGUUUUAUUUGGGAGGUUUACAAUUUUACUAUUGGUUUACAGACUAAAUUGCGUUCAUCUUAUUUUGUUUAUAACUUUCAUAUUUAUCAGAGGGGAAAAAAAACAGUGUCAAGUACAUCAAAGUAAAAAGAUUGGCAGCAGCUGACUCCAAUUCAAUCACUGUACAAAGAAAGAGACAGUCGGAGCUGCGGUGUGUCGCAUUUACUCAGCCGCGCUCGUGCUGCGUGAGUUACGCACGAGAGGAGAGUGGACGUGAAUAUUCAGCAGUGGAGUCAGAGCUCAGUGCGUAAUACGGAGACGCCGGGAACCCCCAGUCUACGAGGAAAGACAUGGAAGUUUGCAAAGGACGUUUGCUGGGCAUCUCGGUGGCCGUUGCGCAUGGAUUUUUUUCGGGAUCGCUGAAUAUUUUGCUAAAAUUCCUCAUCACGACCUAUAGCUUCACGUAUCUUACUUUAAUUCAGUGUCUGACCAGCGGCACUGCGGCUCUCACAUUAGAGGUGCUGAGGAGACUGGGCAAAAUAGAUAUACCACCCUUCAGCUUCCAGUUAGUGAAAGUUUUUGCUAGUGUCUGUGUUUUGGCAACUUUGCAGUCCACAUUAACCCUCUGGUCUCUCAAGGGACUGAGUUUACCCAUGUAUGUUGUGUUUAAGCGAUGCUUGCCCUUGGUAACAUUGGGGAUUGGAGUGUGCGUGCUGAAGAACGGGAUCCCAUCAGCUGGGGUAAUAACUGCGGUUCUCAUCACCACUGGAGGAGCAGCACUGGCUGGUGCUGGAGAUCUAACAGGUGACCCUUUUGGCUACAUGACUGGCAUUUUAGCUGUGAUUGUCCACGCCUCCUAUUUGGUGCUCAUCCAAAAAACAAGUGCAGAUAGUGAUUAUGGGCCGCUCACAGCCCAGUACACUAUUGCAGUGGUGGCCUCUCCCGUUCUCUUCAUCUGUUCCAUCAUAAGCAUGGAUGCCAUUGACAUGUGGACGUAUGAAGGUUGGAAGAACCCGUAUAUCACAGGCAUCUUCUGUACUUGCAUCCUCAUCGGCUGUGCGAUGAACUUCACCACACUGCAAUGUACCUAUAUCAACUCAGCUGUCACCACCAGUUUUGUGGGGGUGGUCAAGAGUAUAGCUACUAUCACUGUGGGCAUGUUUGCCUUCAGUGAUGUAAUGCCAACCAAACUGUUUGUGGUAGGCGUGGUAGUGAACACCAUCGGCUCCAUCACCUACUGUGCGGUGAAAUAUCAUGAAACCAAAAAGAAGUUAACCUACCAGGAUAUGGACGAGUCUGCUAAGGAUGAAGAACUUCCAGGAGAACCUGACGUGGAACCAGCCAAGCCUGAUGGAGAUAUGGAAACUCUUCCAAAUGAUCUGGAGAGCAUUCCCAAUGGCAGCCUGACGGCAUCAGUUGACAGCCAUGACCAGGGUCCAAUUUGUAAAAAUAAAGUGGCAGAGUCCAUAGAAUUAGAAAGACCGGGGAUCCCAUUAGACGAUCCUACGAGACAAUCUCUGAGCGACAGUUAUGUAGGGGUCUGGAGAUCCAUUCGCACCUUAAAGUUCUUUAAGAAAGACACGUUACUUGACAACAUGGAGGUUCAAAGUCCUUGAUGAUUGGUUUCCCGCUUGACAGCAACGCAUGUUAAAUUUAAGUAUUGUUGAACUGAUGUUGUGAACAAUGUUUGCCUUUUUUCUGUCCUGAACAUGAUUUUAUGAAAAAUAUUUAUUUUUUUAUAAAAAGGUAUAGUCUGUUUGUAUAUUAGAGGGAGAAUAACUAUACGUGGAUUCCCCAAUAACAGAUGUGCCAUUUUAUUGACUUAAAACAAAAUAUAAUUUUAUUUUAGGAUAAGUUUGAAAUAUAUUUUGGGGGAAAACAAAUAUAUAAAUAGUCUACUCAAAUUUGACAAUUCUGUCAUCAUUAACUCAUCUUCAUUUCUUUCCAAACCUGUAUGACAUAUUUUUUUUUGUGGAGCAUAAAAGCUGAUAUUUUGAAGAAUUUUGGGAACGGUUUAGGAUUUCAAAACUGUUCGGUUACCAAGUUAUUCUUCCAAAUAUUUUUGUGUGUGUUUCGCAGAAUAAAAGAAAGUCAUACGGGUUUGGAACAUCAUGAGGGUGAGUAACUGUUGACAGAAUUUACAUUUUUGGGUGAACUAUUCCUUUAUAUUAUUUGGGCUGUUUUUAUUUCGAAUGAUUAUUUAUGUUUCUAUGCACGCAGUUUCUGUACCAUAGUCUGUAUAAAAGGUCUGUACCUGUAUAUUUUCUGUGUUUUGUUUACGAAUGCAAAUCUUAAAUAAGAGGUGUUGAAUUUUCCCAUUUUGCAUGUAGUAUGCAGAACAAAUUUAAACUGAUUUUACAUGAAAA